GUGUGUGCCCAAUCACUGUGAACACGAUGGAAAAUGCACCCAGACGUGGGACAGCUUCAAGUGCACUUGCGAUGGAACAAAAUACAGCGGUGCCACUUGUCAUAACUCUAUUUAUGAACUCUCUUGUGAAGCAUACAAACACUUGGGCAAGACUUCAAAUUACUACUGGAUAGAUCCAGAUGGCAGUGGGGCACUGGGACCUUUGAAAGUUUACUGCAACAUGACAGAGGAUAAAGUAUGGACAACAGUGUACCACGAUCUACAAAUGCAGACUUCUGUGGGAGGCAGGGAGGAGAAGUUAUCUGUGCUGCAGCUCAACUACAGUGCAACAAUGGACCAGAUUUCUGCCAUUACCAGUAGUGCUGAAUACUGUGAGCAGUUUAUCUCCUAUUCUUGCAAGAUGUCCCGGCUGCUGAAUACACCAGAAGGGAAUCCAUACACCUGGUGGGUUGGAAAAGCCAAYGAAAAGCACUACUAUUGGGGCGGAUCAGGACCUGGCAUUCAAAAAUGUGCCUGUGGCAUCGAACGCAACUGUACGGAUCCCAAGUACUACUGCAACUGUGAUGCUGAUUACAAGCAAUGGAAAAAAGACACUGGGAUGUUGACAUACAAAGAGCACCUACCAGUCAGCCAGGUGGUGGUGGGAGACCUUGACCGGCCUGGGUCUGAAGCCAAAGUGUCCGUGGGUCCUGUGCGCUGUCAGGGAGAUCGGAAUUACUGGAACGCAGCUUCCUUCGUUACUUCAUCAUCUUACCUCCACUUCUCCACCUUCCAAGGGGAAACCAGCGCAGACAUCUCUUUCUAUUUCAAAACAUCYGCCUCAGAUGGGGUGUUUCUUGAGAAUCUGGGCAACACUGACUUCAUCAAACUGGAGUUGAAAUCUGCUACAGAGGUCUCCUUUUCCUUUGAUGUGGGAAACGGGCCGGUGGAAAUCGUCGUGAGAUCUCCCAACCCGCUCAACGAUGACCAAUGGCACCGGGUCAAUGCCGAGAGGAACGUCAAGCAGGCCAGCCUGCAGGUGGAUCAGUUACCCCUGGAGGUCCGGAAGGCACCAACAGAAGGACACACACGGCUGGAAUUGUACAGCCAGCUCUAUGUUGGUGCUGCAGGAGGCCAGCGAGGCUUCCUAGGCUGCAUUCGUUCCCUGAGGAUGAACGGGGUGACACUGGACCUGGAAGAGAGAGCCAAAGUCACACCCGGGGUGAAGCCCGGCUGCUCUGGCCACUGCACGAGCUACGGGAUGUACUGUGCCAAUGGUGGGAAAUGUGUGGAGAAAUACAAUGGUUACUCCUGUGACUGCUCCAGAACUGCCUAUGACGGACCCUUCUGCAUAAAAGAUGUGGGAGCAUUUUUUGAAGAAGGAAUGUGGCUUCGUUACAACUUCCACUCCCCAGGAACUAGCAUGAAGGAUUUAGUCAGCCGGACACUUUUGAGCUCUGCAGACCCUGAGAUCACAGUGCCUGACCUCAGCCUGAACAAAGAAGAGCUCAGCUUCAGCUUCAGCACCACCAAGGCCCCUUGUGUCUUAUUGUACGUCAGCUCCUACACCCCGGACUUCAURGCUGUGCUCGUGAAACCGACUGGGAGUCUGCAAAUUCGGUACAACCUCGGGGGCACCAAAGAGCCAUAUAACAUUGACAUUGACCACAGAAACAUGGCCAAUGGRCAGCCCCACACUGUUAAUGUCACACGGAACGGACGGGACAUCAUACUGCAGCUUGAUCACUAUCCACCAACAAGUUACAGCCUUCCAGCCACGUCUGACAUUCAGUUCAACUCCCCAAAGGCACUGUUCCUAGGAAAAGUUAUAG